GGAGAGGCGCCGGUGUCCGCGCGGAUCUUUAUAACGCGCCCCGCGCGGACCCGAGCAGCCUGCGUGCAUUCAGUACCGUCUCCCUCCGCCUCAGAUCACAGCCCACGCGGUGCUGCCACCAAAGCCCCGAGACCUCGACACCAGCCUUUGGACAUGGCGAUCGACGUGCGCCCGCGCCUCCUAGCGGCCCUCGCGCCCACCUUUCUCGGUUGCCUCCUAGCCCAGGUGGCCUGGGCUGCAGGCAUUCCCGAGAAAGCGGUUAACUUAACUUGGGAUUCAACUAAUUUCAAGACAAUUUUGAAGUGGGAACCCAAACCCGUCAAUUAUUUCUACACUGUUCGGAUAAGCUCUGGAUCUAACGACUGGAAAAACAAAUGCUACUUAACUACAGACACUGAGUGUGACGUCACAGAUGAGAUCAUUCAGGAUGUGCACAGGACCUAUGAAGCAAAGGUCCUAUCUGUCCCACUAAGUGACACCAAUGGGGAGGAACCGGAAUUUUCAAACUCCCCAAAGUUUACACCAUACAGAGACACAAAACUCGGACAGCCAGUAAUUCAGCAUUUUAAACAAGAUGGCACAAAACUGAACGUGACAGUGGAAGACUCACAAACGUUAGUCAGAAAGGGCAAGAACGGCACAUUCCUCACCCUGCGGGAACUUUUCGGCAACGACUUGAGUUAUAUACUUACUUAUCGAAGAGACUUAAGCUCAGGAAGGAAAAGAGCUGAAUCAAACACUAAUGAAUUCUCAAUUGAUGUAGAAAAAGGGUCAAGCUACUGUUUUAAUGCACAAGCUGUGCUGCUCUCCAGGAAAAUCAAUCAAAGGAGCCCAGAAAGCAUUACUUUGUGCACGGACCAACAGAGGAGUACACCAAGAGAGACACUCAUCAUUGUGGGAGCAGUGGUGUUCAUGGUCACCAUUUUUAUCAUCAUCCUGUCCGUAUGUCUGUGCAAGCGCAGAAAGCGCAGAGCUGAGCAGAAAGGGAAGAACGUUCCACUGCACUUGGCAUAGAGGAAGGAGGCUGAAGCUGCUAACAUGACACUACCUGCAUGGCAUCGUUAACAAGACCUCUGGUGGGACAGAGGACGCAGGGCAUGGAGUUUGAGGAUCUUAGUCAGAAAGGCUCCCUUCAUGAUGAGUUACUCCAGCUAACGUUUUUAUUCUGACACUAGUAUUUGUCACUUUAGAAUCUACUGAAUGGUACAGACUGGCUAAUACUGCAGUGCCUAUUGCACAAAUGCUUUAGAUUGUGUAUUCUACGCUCAGGUAGACACUAAUUCACCCAGGAUGAUGUCCUUCAUAUAUCCGGGGUGGACUUUUGGAGAACUCAUAUGAGAAGCUGAUUUCAUAGGCUAUAGAACAGUGAAAUGGAAAUAGGGUGGAAUUUUCUAACAGUUGUUCUUUUGUAAAGUGCUGUUUGCUUUCUUUUUGUUCCUCUACUAGGUACUUUUGGAAGUUCAAAGCAAUUGGCAGACUUUCAAAUUAUUAAAUGCAGGAUAUUUCUGCUUGGGGGCAUCUUUGUGAUAUGUAUUACAGUGCAGCACUUUAACUGACAAUGGUGAGGAUUUAAUAGUUGACAGCCAACUCUAUUUUUAUAAGACUAUACAAGGAAACUACAUAGCUUUAUGAUUUAAGGUACUGAAAAUGUUUAUGGUUAACAAUGUAUAUAUUUAUAUACAUUUUAAAGGUUUUGUGUAUGGGAUUUUCUAUUUAUAUAGCUUCUAUUUGUAUAUAUUGAGAUAAUUUAUUUAAUAUACUUUUAUAUAAAUAAAGGUGAUUGGGAGCGUGACUGUCACA